AUGAUGCACAAUAAACAACAAAAUAAACAGUUGCAACAGGAGUUGGAAGAUCUUCGACACCAUCUGUCGGAGAAGUCUCGGACCCAAUCGAGAAGCCCCGAAGUAUCACAAGACCAAAACCCGUGCCAUGGAUUGGUCGGAUACACAUCAGCAGAAAGGGGGUACACAUGUGGAGUUUUGGGGCAGGGUUCUCCAGCGGAAGUUGGCGAGGCCGCGUUGAAAAUUCAACGGAAGUGUGACGAAGUUGAACGGAAAACACGCCGACAGGUAGCCUUAGAAGAGCAGUAUGUAAUGUUUCAAGCCAAGGAGAGGACGUCACAAAACAAGAAGCGAGCACAAGUACUCGAACGGAAGAGGAGAUUGCUUGAACAAGAUCCCGAUCUUCUCGAGCCAUCUGAAGAUGAUGAGUACACUUUAGAAGAUGGAGCAGCCACCCAAGUCCAACGCAUUACGCGUGGUGUCCAAGGUCGUACGCGCGUGAGAAAACUCCGCCCCGUGCUCAACAACGCUGCCACCAAAAUCCAGGGCAUCAUACGUGGUCGCCUUGGCCGUUCGCGAGUUGGGCUUAAAAUAGUCGACAAGCGAGCUGUUACAAAUAUUCAGCGUGUAUGGCGCGGUCACCUCGGUCGCCUUGCUUCUAUCUCCGACCGCCGGAAGCUGGAGAGAACGAUGGCUGCACGGUCCAUUCAGAAGAUAGCAAGAGGGCGUAGCGGCCGGCGACGAGUUGACCACAAGCGAGGUCUGCGGCAGAGUGCCAGCAGAGGAUCAGAAGUGGUAGGGGUUAAGCAGCUAUUUCACCAAGACAUCAUCGAGCUUGCCGACGCAGUGGAGUCGCUCCUUGUGAAAGACAGUGCAACUGCAAUCCCUGGCAUCGUCCUCGGGCUUUUGAAAGUGGUCGCGCUAAUGCUCGAGGAGGACGACGAAUCGGGAGCAACAACCCGGUACAAUGCGUUAGGCGUAAAAUCAGUUAACAAUUUACGCCCAGCAGUGCAGUUUUCAUGGCGUGACGCACUCGUUCUUCUCCGCAGGUCCUGCAAGCUCCUUCGUCGCUUACGCCAAAUAGCAGAGGGGCCUUCAAAUAGACGACCACGAAUGGUGUACUUUUCUCAGGCGGCAGUGCAGGUGUACGCUGCCCUUCGAUGCGACCAGGGGUGGAACGUAUCAAAGAUAGGUCUCGUUGGCCGUGGGGCCAAAGCCUGCCAGCAUCUUAUGAUGUGGGUAGAUGCACUGCAGGAGGUGUUUGCAUAUCAAAGGGAGUUUCCUGAUGAAGUUGGCAGCGACCGCAUGCCCUGGGUGGCACGUGCUCAACAAAGUGUACGUGGUAUGCGCCAUCUGGAGCUCUCGCGUAUGGUAUGGGAACACGCUAUCACGUGCGUGAAGCAGGUUAUCCUUGAAUCGGGUGAGACGGCGCCAAAACCAAAGGCUAACUCCUCGAAGAUGAGGGGAAACCUCCGCCUACGCGUGGCGGAGCGUGCUUUGAAAACACUUCAGUUGCACGAAGAAUGCGCAAGAGAUGCCCUUUCCAAGGCGAGACAAGACGAAGAGGAUGCCCAGAGAAACGACAAGGCUCGUGAGCAAUUAAGGGAAGACACGCUUGUCGAUGACCUCAAUCGUGCUGAAAAGAGUCUGGCAGAAAGCCUGAUCCGACUUGAAGAGGCAAAAACAGCGGCUCGAGAUGGGAUCGAAACUGACCAGGUUCACCUACAGCUUUGUCUUGAUGAGCUAACCACAUGUGAGGUGGUUCGUCGAGAGCGUUGGGCUUCCGUGGAGAUGUUCCGAACACAGAGAAGGCGCAAUUCCAAACGCAGAGGUGUAAAUGUGGAGGUGUGGGGAGAUCUGCGACAUCAAGUGCGUGUGGUGGGCGAGCUAGAGGCCGCGUGUACUUUGGCUAAUGAAGAUCUGAACGAAUAUGACCCGGACCGAGGAGCUACAUCCGCAGUUUCUCGCAAUCAUGACCUGGAGUUGCUCCAGGCAAGGACGAGAGAGGCGCAGUCGGCGGCGGCCACAGCACGAACACGACUAGGUUGUAUGGAAGAGGAGCAAGAAAACGCCAACGCGCUCGCCAACGAAGCCGAGCUUCAGAAGGAGGAGACGGUCCUGCUUCACGAGUGGGACGACCCAUCUGAAGAAGAGCGGGAGGAAGAUCUUCGAGAAGACGAGCAAUGCGCGAGAUACGAAGCACAGGCAGCAACCCAGUUUGUACCACCCGCGACGAUCGUUCGACCCUUCCAACGUCCACGCCCCAUAGUCAUCUGCUUGAGUCGAGACUUGCCGGGAUCAGCGAAAGCGAAACUCGUACAACAACUUGAAAGCGAUCUUCCAGGUUUAACAAUCCACAUGGAUGAGGAAAGGAACAUGGGUCUUCAUGUUGAUGACCUACAGCGAGCUCUGUCGAUCAGGUGUAGCGUAGUGUGCAACGUGGACAUGGGUAUCGGUCAACGAUGCAGGAGAGCGUUUCUGCACACGUUGGCUAUUGCCAAAGACGCGCUCAUCCCGACGCCAAAAUUCGUUUUGGUGGUUGGCGAUAGCAAAAAUCGUGCCGGAGGACCGCUCGACGGCUCCGUUGGGUGCAACGACCGUGACUUGUCUGUGAUGGGAGAUGGAGAAAUGAAAAGGAGACUCGAAAUCAUAGCUCGCAUCAUCAAAGAAUUCCAGGACUCCACCUUCAUGGAGGGCAUGGCGAAAAUGGGACAGGUCGUCACCCCACCGUCGCAGUCUCACAUCCUUGUGAUGGAGGCGUUGAUAAUUCUGCUUUCUCCAGAAACAGUGUUUCACAACCAUAUCCCGUUGUCAUCUCUGAGGGGAGUAACGUGGACGGAGGCUCGGCACAUAUUGGGGAACCCUGACAAGCUGUGCGCUGCGAUUGCACGGGUAGAUUAUUUCAGUAUCCCUCCGGCGAACCUUUCUACGCUGCAGGUGAAUAAGGGAGCUUGCUGCUGGCUUUUCAUUGAUGUUCACCAGGCAUACAUUGGACAUGACGGAUGGCCUCGCAAAGCUUACGCACCAGGCAGUGAUGGCGGUGUCCUAGACGUCCUGGCAGCCUGGUCGUGUUCAACAAUAGAGUUUGCUGCCCUCCUCACCAACGCCGGAGGACGUCCAAAGGCUCUAUGCCACUAUUCUACAGCCCCGAUUGGCUUGUUGGCAGCCGUGGUGCCGAUGUAUGACGCGAAUAUCUGCACCCAGCGGGACCGCAGCGGCCAUUUCAAACGAGGGCUCCGAGAAUUCUGUAUGCUUCUGGAGUUGGAAACGCCGGCCGCCUCACAAGAGCGUGACUGCACGGCACAUGUGUCAAAUGUCGUGGCGGCUGGCAGGUGGAGGGCCGCCUAUUACCAGACUAUGACUGCUGUACUGGAGGAUGUGCGGGUUUUCCGAGUGGCCAGGCGUAUUCGAGGUUCUUCUCCUGAGGGUGUUCACGUCAUCGAGGGACGCAUGCAAGAUUCUGACCGAGUACCCUACCCUGCUUUCUUGCACGCACACCAGAUCUACCAGGAAUGCGGGCGGCUAUUUUUCCACACCUACGAUCCAGAGUCCUGUGUCAGCAACUUUUGCGCCAUUGAGGAGAGCAAGGUUAGCCAUCUUCUGGCCCCUGCCUUGGAUCAACCACCCGAGUUCGGACCGAGCACCGUGCCUUGCGAUCGGCAAGACAUGUUUACGCGCCUCGUAACCCUUCUCAGCUUCGAGGCCGCUCCGUUAAAUGAUACGGUGUGUCGGGGUGUGCCGCACUUGGUGUGUCAGCGGCGCCUCCGAUGUCUUCUUCGCGAUACUCGAUUGAUAUCUGGAUAUCGUGCUCAAGUUACCGUGUACGAGGAGGCGAAAGGCGAGCUUCGGUAUUGCCUCUAUCUUGCAGACCAUGCGGCAAGGAUCCAGCUCAAAGUGGACGCAAGGUUACUAGAGAAGGUGCUUCAAGACAGCAGCGACGUGACAGGAGAGCGGCAAGCGAUCACGAGCGAAGACACUGGUCGCCUACUUGUUCCGGUUACUGAUCGACUCGUCAUAUCGCCGUCACGAGCAGCUGUUGUUACCAUGGGUGCAGGAUGUGGUGGCAAGAAGAUGACAUCGUCCAGUCAAGGUUUCGUCCUUAAAAUCCGCUGCAAGGGUGGGCCCGGUAGGCGCGUGCUUCGGGCCGUGUGCGUCAUAUCUGGAGCCCCUCAUGUCGUCGACGAGCAUGACGUAUGGAAUCGGGAUUUCAAAGGCUGAACGAGCUUUUUUUGGUUGCAACGGCGACGAUCGUAAGUAUUGGAUCAAGCAUCUAGGCCGGCGUUUAAGCUUGCGGAGAGGAACGGAGACCACCAUCAUGGAGGGUGCGGAGGCACCGGGAGAGCCACUUCCAACCAGACGAACAAUGCUCUUGGACAAGACAAUUUUUUCAACUGCCUGUCGAGUAGCUGUGGGACGGAUUGACGCCCGCCUCUUCCGAAUGCGGGCAGAACUAGCAGAUGCUGGGCAAUCUCUCGCACUCGAUUUGUAUCAAGCUGACACCUCGAAACAGUGCCGCAUUUUACUCAAUGAAGAGGACCUUGCA